AUGCGUGCGCUGUUUCCUGAUCUGUUGGACUCCGACAGCACAAUCGGCACCCCAUACACCGGCAAGGGCUUCUUCAGCGAAUCCCUCUCCAACAUGGACAGUGACCACAACUGGCAGACCCCGGAGCAAGGCAGUGGCUAUGACGUUCAUGGCCGCACGGGAUGCUCCGAGGCCCUGGAAUCUCUUCCCCCCGUAAGCAUGAUGGAGAUCCCUGUCAGCGCCUCGAGGGCUCAUUCUCCCGGCUUACAAGCACUGGAGUACGCACCGGAGUCGCUCUCGCACUACCUGUCGCCUGAACACUAUGUCCCGCACCGGCGGGACUCCUGCAUCAGCGACACCAUGGGCUCGGUAUAUGCCUGGUCCAACGCCUCCUCAGCUGCAGAUCAAUAUCUUAGGGCUACUCCCCCACCCUCUUCCGUCGGCAGGUCCGGUACCACCUCGCCCUUCAUGCAAGACUAUCUUAUGUCGGGACACUCUGCCCAAUUACCUCUGCCUUCUGCCUUUACAGACAUCCCCGGGUAUACUCCACCCCUCGACGGCCUAGCCCUGGAGCCCGAGCCCGCUGGCGGGUUCUUCCAAGCCCUCAGCCCGCUCCAUUACCCCUCUGAACUCCCCAUGGACACCGCUUCCGCCGUUCCAGACAACAUGUGUACUGCCACCGAGUCCUGGAUGCCACUAUCCGAGGCCUUCGUAGGGCCUCCCGCCGUGCCAUCACCCAAGUGCUCUGCCCCAGACACCUUCCUAUCUCCACCAACAUCAACAGGCCGUUUCCCCAACGCUCCGACCAGCAACCCCGUCUCCGGGGACUCCGCAUCCAUCCUCAGCACCUCCCCAACACCAACCUUUACCUCAGACCUAGACGGCUCUCCACCAGGAAUGUCCUCCUCACGGACCCGCCCUUCUUCUCCAUCAUCCAGCGACCUCACCCGCUACGGUAUCCCCAUCAGCGACGGUGCCUGGCGCUGCGCCCACCCAGGCUGCUCAUCGCAGGCCAUCUUCCGUCGUGGCUGCGACCUGCGCAAGCACUAUAACCGCCACCGCAAGCAUCUCUUCUGUCGCCACGAGGGCUGUCCACAGGCUACGCACGGUGGGUUCUCUUCGAAGAAAGACCGUGCCCGCCACGAGGCAAAACACAAUCCCGGCAUUGUCUGCCAAUGGCACGACUGCGGUCGUGUGUUCAGUCGCGUCGAUAAUAUGAAAGAUCAUGUGCGGCGUAUUCAUCAGAAAGCUGGGCCUCAAUGA